GCGCACACGCGUUACUACGGGCAGACAGAAAGUGAGACGGGCAGGACGGAGCGGCGUGCUUGGCAGUGGCGCAUUGUUUUAUGAGUCGCGUUUAGAGGGAGUUCAAUUACCUGUCUUUUCUAUCCGCGGGACCGAGACCGACGUGUUUCCGAGACAGCCGAGAUGUUUGGCUUUCAUAAGCCGAAGAUGUACCGCAGUCUGGACGGCUGCUGUAUCUGCAGGGCAAAGUCCUCCAGCUCACGCUUCACAGACAGCAAACGCUACGAGAGAGACUUCCAGAGCUGCUUUGGUCUUGGAGAAACGCGCUCUGGUGAAAUUUGCAAUGCUUGCGUGCUGCUGGUUAAACGCUGGAAGAAGCUUCCGGUUGGAUCCAAAAAGAACUGGAAUCAUGUGGUGGAUGCGCGAGGCGGACCCAGUUUAAAGAUGACCGUGAAAUCCAAGAAAGUGAAGUCUCUCACCAGGAGAAUCAGGCCAAGUCAAAUCUGCCGAGUGCAGAACGAACUGAAAAGGAACAACUCUGAUGCACACAGCACUACCUCCAGUGCCAGCCCUGCCCAGUCUCCAAGCUACAGCAACCAAUCGGACGAUGGUUCUGACUCUGAGCUCACUCCUGGCUCCACCCGAUCUCCGGUCUUCUCUUUCCUGGACCUGACAUACUGGAAAAGGCAGCGGGUUUGCUGCGGCAUCAUCUACAAAGGCCGCUUUGGAGAGGUGCUGAUUGACCCCCAUCUCUUCAAGCCCUGCUGUCAGAAGAAACGGGAGCAGGAGCAAGAAGAAGAGGAGGAUGAGCCGGAGGAAGAGGAUGUAGACCUGGUGAAAGAAGAGGGUCAGGCUGUUGAGAGCCCACUGGCCUCUCCGCUUGCCACGCCCCUUUCUCCCCCUCUGCCUGUCAAAACAGAGGCAGAGGAGGAAGAGUGGUGAUGGCUCCACUCCAAGAGAACUGAUGCUGCAUUCUAAGGAAGCCUUUGAGGGUUUGAGGGCUACUGUUGUCUUCUGCCGCUCUUAAAGAACUCCUCUCAGAUUGCCUUCAAUCCAAGAGCAGCUUUUUGUUUCGUCUGAUGCUGGUGUGGUGGACUUCUUUUUCUGUGUUUCAUUGUUUCGUUUUAUUGUAUGUAUUUUUUAAUGGUUCUCCAUACUGUUCAUGCCUUCUGUUAUUAUUGUGACUUUUUUGUUUUAUCCUACAUCCCAUUUUCAUGAAUUGAUUUGAUUUGUCGUCACUUUUCGUAAUGUAACAAUAUUUGUUUUAUUUGUAACACUUUACUCUAGAGCAGCAUUCUGUAGGCUAUAUGGCAUUUACAUUAGACUGACAUAAACCAUAAUACAUAAUGAUUUAUAAAGGCUUACUCCAGCAAGUGUAUUGAUGUUGAAAUGGGUGCUAGUGUCCAUUGUGUUUCCAUUUUAUCACAGAAAAUGUUAACUGCUGACAGCUGGAAUAAGCCUUUAUUAUAAUCCUUUAUGUUGAUUUCCAAGCGUUUGUUAUGUAGGUGAUAUGUAGCUGUAUGAUUGCUGCCCCAAGUUGUACCUAAAGUUCGUGUCAUAAGCCCCUUUUAAACUCAACCCCAGGACACUCGCUCGAUUUUCCUAUCUCUAAAAAAUGUCCGGUAGCUACUUUGAGCAGUGUUUUUUUCAGUGCUGGUACUGGAGGCACACUGUCCUGCACAUUUAAAUGUUUUUUUAAACACCUAAUUCAACUAAUAAGCUCAUGCAAAUAUGCAGAGCAGAGUGCCACCAUGACCAGUGUUGAGAAAAACUGCUCUAGAACCACAUCCGAAACACACCCCUGUGGCAUUUUUUAGCUCGCUACACUGUCAGAAAACAGAAGUGUCUCACAACUGUUCUCUUAAGCUGGCUGUAAUCUAGUCGUGCUGUAUUUCCUGGUAAUGUAUCUUCAAGCCUUCUGUUCUGUUCACACAUACACCUGGAUGUUGGCUUCAUACUGAAGUAUUUUCUGUUUAAUUACUGGUAAAUACCAGAGUAUAAUGGUAUGUGUGAAAGGGGCUAUAGUGUAAGGUAGCCCCAUCCGUCUCUAUCCUGGUGUCUGUCUGACUUUGUUUUGUUUGUUUUUUUAUUUUUUUAUCUUUCUGUCUGUCUCUGUGUCUCAGGCCUUGUUUUUUCUUCUAGACUUGGAACUUGAGUGCUGGUUUCAGCAAAAGUUCUCUCUCUAUUCAGUUCUGACCUCAGACGUUGUAGGCCAGUCAGCAAAACUGAUCUCAAGUCAGUGUUUUACUGCACAUACACACAUUCUCCUCAGUGUUACUGUGCUGCUGAGACAAACUAAGCAAAACUAAGUAAAACCACCCAACCAAAAACAAAGACAAGAAAAAAAAAACCCUAAACCUUUUGUAAGGGUUUUCUUAAACAACUCUCAUGUACUAAUGUAAAUAUUGAGAGGUGUACAUUAUCAGCAAUAUCCACAUCAUGCAUGAAAGCAAAGCAAGCCAUUGUUCUAAAAAGACUCUGCAUGAAAACUGCAUGGCCUUCUAAAGAGUUCUAGAUUAUUUUUAUUUUGCUUUAUCUGAUUUUUGGGCAGGUUUUGAUACAGUAUAUACAAUAUAUCUAUAUUUUUGUAGAUAAAAAAGAAAAAUGACAAAAAUAAAUUUACGGCAGUGUGCUGUUCUAAGAUAUCCAAUAUUUUUUGUUUGUUUGAAUUGUGAACUAGAACAGAUCUUUAGUCAGUUGUGUUAAAAUUGAAUUAGAAUUGAAUUUCAUUUUUGUUGAAUGAGAUACAAAAUUGUAUUUUAUUGAUUCUUUUCACCGAUUACACUCAGUUUCACAAACAGUACCUCCUGGCUUUUCUGUAUAUGUAUAUACUAUACUGACAAGGUUGUUUCACUUUUUUAUGUUUCAUAAGGAUUAAAACUAUUUUUAGGUUUGUUGUGUGUAAUUAGAUACUUGUUAAUUUUCGGUUUCGGUAGGGACAUUUUUCUGUAUUUUUAACUUUGAAUUCUGUAUUCUGUAUCAAAAAUGACUAAAAGGUUCAGUACCUGUAAGAUUUUUUUAAAUACUGUGUCCAGGUAGAUCUUUAAUCCUGUUGAUUUGAAUUAGUCUGGGUGAAAAAGGUACAACCUGCAUGAAUUUCCUUUGCAUUCCAACAGAUGGCACUAUAGAGUAGACUUUACCCUUAGUACACCUUCAGCUCGAUUCAGUACUCAUUUCAGACUCGUUUUCAGUACUAACUCAUCAUGUCAUGAGUUCUUAGUAUUUGAGUCUAAGUAUUUGUUAAAUGGAAUGUUUGUAACUGGUAUUUUGUCACUGAUGUGAGCCACAAUCUGGCUAAUUGGGGACAUACGAGAAUGACGUGUUUUUCCCAGUUAAAUGCCUUAAUCAGUUCAGGAUCAUUAAAACAUAAAUUCAGUUACAGCAAUGGCCAAAACUUUUCUACAUCUAGACUGACCAUUUUUAUGUUUUCUGUGCUUGUUUUCUGUUUGUAAACCAGUGUUUGGAUUGGUGCUGGCAGCUCUGUUGGAGACUGAUUUAUUACAGAACGACUCAAGUUGAUCUCUACAGGUUCUCCAUUUUUCGGCUGUUGUGCCGAAUAUGCGUAACUCUCAAAAGGUUCUCUAUGUCUAUGUCUACGUCUCUUUCAUCAGUAUACUACUUCACUCUUUUGUAAAUAUGAUAAUGAACUGAGUGGUUUUGAUAUUCUGUUUGUGUAUUAUUUAUUUUAUAUUUAUUUGUCAUGGUUUUUAAGUCUUUAUCAGUUUUUGAUGGCAGCAGGAGUAAUUUUGUCAGCUCACGAUUUUUACACAGAUUUCACAUUUCAACUUUGUUUGAAAAAUAUGCUGAAUAUAACUGUAUAUUAUUAUUAUAAUUAUGAUAUUUUUUUCCUUCAGGUAAAAUCAUGCCCAAAAUGUACCUGUUUCUUUCCUUUCUGCGUAGUCCCUUAGUCGUUGUACUCUACAGGCAUGUAUGGUAGCUAUGCACUUUGUAUUGACCUUAUUAGAAAUAUAUGAAGCAGGUUUUGUAUUUUUUUACAUACUCUACUUUUUACUUGUUCCUCAAUAAAUGUAGCUUGUGAUGUUA